AUGCCCGCUCCGGUCUACUCUCACCAGCUAGACCGUGCACAGCCAGCGCAAAAUGGAACACACUAUCAUCCAUAUGCAAAAGAUGAUAACAUUCGCAUUGAAGAUCUCCAACAGCCGUCUGUUCAACUUCAGGGCAGAGAUAACUAUGCAAAUUUGCAGUCCAUGAAUGAUGAUCUAAUGGCUUGCAUAUCAAACUCAGAAUACACUCUAAGCAGUAUUAGGCGUGACAUGCAGAAUCAAGCAAGGGCUUUGGGUACUAAGGCCAGCGUAAAUCCAGAACUCAACGGUACUUCAAGUCCACAACAGCUAGGCCUUUCUAGGGGAGCGUCUCGCGGCGUCUCAGCAACAACACCAUCUAGACGCUACCAUGACCAGGCCGACCCUCGUCCCAUAGUUAGAGAGCGGCCCAUGUCAGCUGACUCUGUGCGGUCUAACCUGGGCAUCGCAACCACAGAGAGCAGUGAUCUCGAGGAUCUGUUCAUGCUUACCCCUCGAUCAUAUGGUGUACUGGCCUCACAGCAGCCGGAUUUUGCGUCAUCACAGCACAUUCAGCAACGCGGGCAUCGAGUUGCCAACAACAAGGAUCUGUCACAGUACUAUGAGGAGAUAGACGCCGUAACAGCAUUCAACGAGGGAAUCAUGCGUGAGAAGGCAGUUACAAUAGAUGCGUUAGAAAGGAACCUCAAGACUCUGAAGGUGGAACUAAACAUAAAGGACAGGGAGAUGGCUGCUGCAAGAGAACGGAUAGCAGAGCUUGUUAAGGAGGUUACAGAGCGUGACAGCGAGAUAAAAGGCCUCAAACAUAAAUUAGAAAAUGUUAAACACAACGCAGAGCGGUUUAUUCUGGCACGCGAUGAGGAGAUCGCACGUUUGGCUGAGGAGCUGGAGCAGAUGGAUGAGCACUAUCAGCAGAAGAUGAAAUUGAAAGACUCUAAGCUCCACGCACAGCACGAAGAGCUAGUUCUUUUAACUGCUAAGGAUGAUGAAAUAGCAGGACUUAGAAGCAAGCUAUCGGUCCUUACAGAGCAGCUAGAGCACACAGAAAACACGUUUAAGGCAAUAGUCAAGAGCAAAGAUGAGCAGAUAGAGACGCUGAAGGCCGAUGUUCAUGCUAAGCGUGACUAUAGCCUUGAGCUCCAGCGCAUCCACGAAAGUCUAUCUCAAGUUCGCAAGGACUGUGAGGAGCAGUUGCAUCAGAAAGAUGCCGAACUUUCCAAGCAGCGGGAGCAAGUGGAGACUGCUGAGAAGGAAAGGAGUUUGCUAGAAAAUGAAGUUACUUCACUAAAGGCCAUUGUAGAAAAGCAGGAGGAUCUGGUUAUCAAGCUCAAGGGGCAAUUGGAGCGCAGUAAUCCAGACGUUGAGCGACUGCAGCAGGAGCUCGAUACUCUUCGAAUAGAGUCACAGAAGGCUAUUUCGGCCAAGGUCAUAGAAGCUGAAGAGUUGAAGAGCAAGAUUCACACAUUAACGACUGAAAUGCUCAUGCUACCGACGCAGGAAGAUAUCCUUGAGGCACGAAACGAGGUUUCCAAGGUCACUGCAUCUAUGGCUGCCAUGAUUAAGACAAAAGAUGCAGAGAUCCUCAGUCUGAGGAGAAAGCUUGAAGACUAUGUUGAACUAUCGGAAGUUCAGCGACUGAAGGGAGAGCUUACUCUUUCUAAGGCAGCGCUGGCAGAUACCAUUGUACAGAAGACGGCAGAAAUCAGAGACUUGAAAGAGGAGAUGGCAAUUCUUCAAAUCGAUGAACAUGCAUCUGGAGCUCCUUCUGAUGGUGGCAGCUUUGAUGACAAGUUAAAGGACUUGGAGUCUAGUCAGAAUGCGCUCGAAGUAUCACUAGGCACGCAAGUUGAACUAGGAGCGCUAAAGCGAAUUUAUAAGGAGGCGAUGCUCGCCAGGGACCACCAGAUUAAAACUCUUUCCCAGAGGAUCAAUGACGCAGACGCAGAGCUUGCCACUUAUCGUGAGCGCAUUGCUCAUCUUGAAAGCACCUCGAAGGAAGCGCCCCAUAUGCAAGAACGUCCUGCUACAGAUUCUGCUUCACCAGCCAUCCACGACCUGAGAAGCGAACUACAAAGCGUUAAGGACGCCAUGGCUGCUGCAAUGGUCCGUAAUAUGCGAGAAGUGGCUACCCUAGAACACCAAAUAAACCAACUGAAAGGUGAGAAUGAGUCACUAAGGAUAAAGAGGGACGAUACCGUGGAGACUGUAUCAAUAGGCAUCUGUUGUGAGCCUGAGGAGCAGAACGGUCGCGUGUCCUUUGAAGCGAGAUAUGCAAAAUGUAGUCAGGAAAAUGAGCGCCUCUCCAAUGAGCUUCAGCUUAUUGCACAGGAGCUGGCUAAGACACGGACGGCGUAUUCAGACGUCAUGAAGCAACUCAGCGGUCUGAACACAGAGCUGCUAAUCACAAGAAACCAGGCUAGCGACGCGCUCAACACUCAGGCCCUUCUGGAGUCUACUCUGCAGGAGUAUGAAAGGGAGGUAAGGACGCUGCGCGGUAGUCUUGAGAGCUCACUCCAGCAAAACAGAGAAGCCGAUAGUGUCAACACUAAGUUGCAGGAGAGCCUCUCAGAGUCCCAGCUCUACGAUCUUCAGCAAAAACUAGAGAAGUCACAGGCAGAUUUAGAGCGACUGCGGGACGACUAUAGCACCAUGCAAGCAACUAAGGAUAUGGUCAUUCACAAGAUCUCAUCAGAGGUUAUCCAUCAACGCGAAAUGGUUGACUUAGCCGGAGAAGACAUGAACAGAAGGCUAAAGGAGGCCGAGGAAACAGUAGAAAGGCUCAAUAACGAGCUUCUGACACAAAAAGAGGAGUUUGUGACGGUCGUGACAGAUCUAGAACAGCAAGUGGAGAAGCUAAGCGCAGAAUUACAAGGAUCUCGUGAGUCUAAUGAAGCCCUGAUUGCACGGAUGAUGCGUGACAUUACAGGCCUAGAAAAGGAGCGUAGCGAUUUGGAGUCACAGCUGGAGACGGCGAAAGCCACAUCCACGACUAUUAUAAAGGGCCUAGAAGAUCAGGUGGCACAGUAUGAGCAGAGGAUUACAGACUCUCAACAGGCUACCAUGACCUCACAGAGCUCUGAUAGACAACUUAUCGAGGCCCUCACUGCUGAGCUAUUCACAAACAAAGAGAAGGCCAAUAAGACCAUAAGUGAUCUUACGGACAAGCUGAAUGAGUUGCAAGAGAGGCUGAACGAGGAGAAAGAGGCAAGUGUGAUCACUGUAACGCGCCUAACCAGCCAAAAUAGCAAUCUCAUGUCUGCGACAUCUAAUCUUACCAAAGAAUUGGAAAUAACAAAAGAGUCUCUCCGCACAGUUACAGAAGAGUUGACCGGACAGAUGUCAAAGAUACAGCUUGAUGCCAAGGAGCGAGAGCAGCUGCUUCAAAGCAAGCUUGACGAGGUUACAGCUGAAGCCGAAGCAGCUGCUAUGCGCCUUCACGAGCAAGUGACUCAAAAGGACAGCGAGAUAAGACAGCUUACCGAUGCGCUAGCUGAGUCUGCUCUACAUUUGGAGAAAUUAGACACAGAGAGCAAGCAAACGAUAUCACAACUAGUCAGCGAGCUGGCGGAGGCACGGGAAACCAUCCAGUUCAUUGAGCAAAAAAACCAGCGGGAUAUGUCCGAAAUCAGAAACAGCAUUGCUACCUUCAAGGAGACAACUAUAGAGUCUCAAAGGCAACACGCUUUAGAUCUAGAGCAUAAGGACGCAACGAUCGCGCAGUUAUCCAAUGAACUAGAAAGCAUCAAGCAAGCCAUGGAAUCUGCUAAUUCAGCGCAUCAAGCAGUGCUUGAAAAGGUAAUGAAAGAGUCUGGCGAGUUAGCUCUUCAAAACAGCAAGUUGAAGACUGAAAUCCGAGAGCUACAUGAACAGUUUGCCAAGACUAAUGAAGAGGCUCAGCUGGCCUUUCGUGAUCAAAUGGAAGGAGCUGAUGUGAGAAUAGGAGAGCUUCGGGCACAGGUGGAAGCACUUCAAAAGGAUCUGGAGAAGAUGACGGUUUCGCGAGACGUCCUCUUAGAUAAGCUUUCAGCAACGCAUACGAAGAACGAGACGGAUUCGGUAAAGCAAGGAGUUCCUGACUACGAUGCCCUAUUGAGCAUGAGCCAAAGUAUUCUCAGCAAAGACGAAGAGAUCACGACCCUACGCUCACAAGUAGAGCUCAUGAAUAGUAAGCUUAUAGCCGAAGAGGAAAAUAACAAAAGGGUUGUUGACCACCUGCAAGGAGCAAUAGAAGUCAUGAACACUCAAUACGAGGAGCUCAGAAGCAUGAAGGACUCUGUUAUAGAACGGUUGACCCGCCAGGUGAGGAGCACCAGCUCACGAAUGCCAUCCAGACCAGAUUCUGCUGCAUCCUCGAGGCGGGGGUCCUCUGUUGUCAACGAAGCAGAUCACAAUAAGAAAAUUCACGCUUUAACAAAGGAAUUGAAGGAGGCCAAGGAGAUCUUUAUGUACACUGUUAGUAUGAAAAAUGAUGAGAUAGAACGCCUGAAGGAACAGCUAAAAGAAAAGGAGGAAUUCAUAAUGAGCUUGUCUGUGGGCAGUGUGCUUGCAGAAAGCUCAAGAAGGCCAACCGAGGAGCUUCUAGAGAUCAAGCGUGGGAUAAAAGAAAGCGCUUUUCACGCAGAGGAUAUUUCAUGGGAACUUGAGGAUUUGCAGCGGCAAAACUUAGAAUUACGCGCCGAGAUAGCAGCGCUUACAGAGAAGCAGGCCCUUGUUCCCGAAGCGUCAACACCACGAGGAAUCACCGAUAUAACUGGGUCCGCUCAGUCUGCUAUGUGUAGCGCCUCCAUGGUUGACUCGCUUGCAGCGCUUCACGCGGACCUGAAAGCAAAGGAUGAAACAAUCCUCAGUCUACAAGGUAAGCUCGCGAUGGCGCAAGAGGAGCGAGAGGCGAAGCUUACCCAAUUGUCGAGAGAACUGGAGCAAACAAAAAGAGCUUUGAGGGACAAGGUUGAUGAGAUUGUUAACCUAUUAGCUAUCAUAGACCGUGUGAAAACAGAGUAUGAGAAUUACCGGGCAAGUACCGCCGUUGAGCUUUCCGGGCUCCGAACUGCGUUAGAAAAGUAUCGAGGAAGUAAAGAAAUAGAUGCUUCUGAUGUACGGAUAGCUGAGCUGGAGGCAGCACUGGAAGCAGCUAAAGAGCAACUUAGCGAGGUUCUAAAGACUAAAAAUGAAGAAAUCGAACAACUAAGCAUUCGGCUCGCAGCUAGAAGUAUUUAG